UUUGUUCACAUUCAUAUUGAUAUGAAUUUCUUUUUCAAACUCGUCACAUUCAUAUUCAUAUUCAUAGUUUCUCUGGUUCAAUCUAUAGAAAGUGUCAGAAAUGUGAAAUCAUUUAAGCUAAACGAGAAGAUUAUAUAUGAUUGUGUGGAUAUAUAUAAACAACCGUCAUUAAGCCAUCCACUACUCAAAAACCAUAAAAUUCAGAUGGAACCAUCUUUUUCAAGCUGGAAACUAAAAAAGCAAAUAAAAAGUAAAAUUGAAAAUAGAAUAAGCAUCAACUGUCCAAAUGGAACAGUACCUAUACUGAAAAAUACAAAAGAAUAUGUCGCAAAUGCUAAGUAUUGGGCUGAGAAACACUUCAACCCACUCACAGAAGAUAGUCCAGGAACACAUAUUGCUGGAGUUAGAUCACAAGAUGAAGGUCCUUACCAUGGUUUAGCAGCUUGGAUGAGUGUGCAUGAUUUGAAUAUUAGUAGGGACCAAGCUUCAUAUGCUAAUAUAUAUGUUGGCAGUGGAUACAACAAGAAAACUAAUUUUAUCCAAACCGGUUGGAUGGUAAAUCCAAGUUUAUUUGAUGAUGGACGCACCUGGAGUUACGGGUUUUGGAAGGGUGCCAAUGGAGCAGGAUGUUAUAAUACAAUAUGUCCUGGUUUUAUUCAAGUGUCAACAACUGAUCCGUUAUCUGUUCCUUUUCCUUAUCCCCGGAAAGGAGAUAGGGCUGUUAACCCUAGUAUUUCACAGGAUUAUGCAACCGGACAUUGGUGGACAAUACUCAUAAGAGCCAAUAAAAAGGAUAUAAAUAUUGGUUAUUGGCCAAAAGAAUUAUUCGAUAUUAUAGGUCGUAGUGUGGAUAUGGUUGGAGUCACGGGAGUAGUCCAAACUUCCACUUCUGGUAUUAGUCCACCAAUGGGCAAUGGUCAUCUGCCAACUCAAAAGGAAGAUGAAUCCGCACGUGUUAAAAACCUCCUCAUUGUAGACACUAAAUAUAAUUUCAUGCCUAGUCGCAAUUAUAAGCUAGAGAAGCUAUUAGACAACAACAAAUGUUAUGGAUUAAAAGAUGGAAAGAAACGAAUUUUCUUCAAAGAAUCUAAUUUGUUCACAUAUGGCGGACCUGGAGGAGAUUCUUGUGGAAUAUAAGCUUAUAGAACAGUGUUUUGGCUUUUUAAUAAAUAAUUGAGAUUUUAUGUUCAUGUUUAAGUAUUAAAAUUUUAUUAUAUCUAUUUGAUCUAUUAUUAAUGCGGUGUUUUAAAAGUUUAUAAAGAUUUUAUUUCAU